AAUCUGCUGUUCGCCUCGCACAAGCGGCACAAGUGCGACGCGACGCGACGCGACGUGAUGCGAUAUGUGAUUUGAUGUGACGCGCGCUUGUCACGUCCGCUCCCGCACUCGUCUGACUCCUUAAAAUAUGUAAAUACUCGAUCGCGUGCGCGCGUUCACGUAUAUCAACGUUCUCGAGAAUUCACGUCUCCGUCGCGUUCGCGUGGAUUUCACCUCGGCGAUCGCGGAGCGAUGUCGGAGGUGCGCAAGAGAACGACCGUCGGCGACGCGACAUCGUCGGCAGCGGCGUCGCGAGACGUCAGCGACGAUCAGAAAGAAGAUGUUGAAUCCGAAGAUGAUGCGAAAUUGGAGGUAGAGGAAUUAGCAAAGGCUUUACCUCAAGGAACUGAUCAUACCCCACAUAUUUUAAGUUCCGUUCUCUCCGGUCUUCCAGAUCGCUGGCGAAAUUGGAUAAUUAGAACUAUUUUCACUUGGUUUAUGAUAGCUGGGUUUUGUCUCAUUAUUUAUGGGGGUCCAUUGGCGUUGAUGAUUACAACGUUAAUUGUACAAGUGAAAUGCUUUGAAGAAAUCAUUAAUAUCGGAUAUGCUGUAUAUAGGAUCCAUGGUUUACCAUGGUUCAGAUCUUUGUCAUGGUAUUUUUUGAUAACCUCGAAUUACUUUUUCUAUGGAGAAAAUUUAAUGGACUACUUUGCGGUGGUGAUUAAUCGAACAGGAUAUCUACGUGUGCUCGUUACAUACCAUCGAUUUAUCUCAUUCUGUCUUUACAUUGUUGGCUUCGUAUGGUUUGUACUCUCACUCGUGAAAAAAUAUUAUAUGAAGCAGUUCUCCCUAUUUGCUUGGACGCACGUCGCGUUACUUAUUGUUGUAACACAGAGUUAUCUUAUCAUCCAGAAUAUAUUCGAAGGAUUGAUAUGGUUCAUCGUACCUGUCAGUAUGAUUGUCAUAAACGAUGUAAUGGCAUAUAUGUUUGGUUUCUUUUUUGGACGAACACCAUUAAUAAAAUUGUCCCCGAAGAAGACUUGGGAGGGCUUUAUUGGUGGUGGUAUUUCGACUGUCAUACUUGGAUUACUGAUGUCCUACAUCAUGUGUCAGUACCGCUAUUUCGUUUGUCCUAUUGAGUACAGCGAAGCUCUAGGAAGAAUGACUAUGGAUUGCGAACCGUCAAGUUUAUUCCAACCACAAGAGUAUACAUUGCCAAGCAGUCUUCAAGUGAUAUCAAGAAUGUUAAAUGGAAAAUCUACCUUGACGAUAUAUCCAUUUAUUUUACAUUCGCUAUCGCUGUCAAUAUUCAGUUCUGUAAUUGGUCCGUUUGGAGGAUUCUUUGCUAGCGGAUUCAAACGAGCGUUUAAGAUUAAGGACUUCGGUGAUAUAAUUCCUGGUCAUGGUGGAAUAAUGGAUAGAUUUGAUUGUCAAUAUUUAAUGGCAACAUUCGUGAAUGUCUAUAUUUCUUCAUUUAUCCAUACUGCAUCGCCUCAAAAGCUGUUACAGCAGGUUUAUAGCUUGAAGCCAGAGCAACAAUUGCAACUUUUCCAAACACUAAGAGAUUCGUUGGAAAAUAGGGGUAUGCUAAAUUAAGUUUUUAAAUACAAUUAAUUUUUUUAAGUUAAAAAUGUAUUUAAUGGCAAAACCACUGCAGGGAUGAUUUUACCGAUUUAAAAAAAAUACUAGGAAAGAUUCCUUUGAACAUCUUUUCUAAUAUUUUAUAUGAUGUUAUACACAGAUGACAAUGCAAUCAGUAUCGAAUAUAUAUAAUUAUAAUUAUUUGUUAAACUGUGACGAAUUAUUUU